AUGGCAAAGCUUGGGACAAACAAGCUGUGGUCCUUAUUUAGUUUUAAAGGCCGGAAAGGAAAACAAGCUUUUAAAAGUUUGAAGUUGUGCAAUAUAAUUAUAAGUAAGUAAUACUCAUCAUUCAUUUGGUAUAUAUAGUUAGCAUUAAACGAAGAUUGGAAUAUAUGUAAAGCAUGAUAUGGAUUAACCAGCCCAAUAUUAUAAUAAUAUUUCUAGUCCUCUGCCCAGUUCUUUAUAAAUAUUUGUAUUAUAACUGGCGAAUAUCAACCAAUAAAAGAUAGAAUGAAGUUUUAAUGUAUAACAAUGACUUUUCUCUUUUAUUUUUAAUUAUUUUUAUGAAUUAAAAUUAUUUAAAAUUCAUUUAAAUGCUCUGAAGAUGUUGUAUUGUGAAGAAGAAAACCAGUUAACUAAUAGCUAGUGCAAUCGCCUUACUAAUAAUAUUGGUAUUUUUUCAGAGGCCUGUAUGAGGAGCCACCAGAAAGCCACCGAACUCAGUGUUGAAGAGCACAUCUCAGAGACCCUGAAGCAUGCUCCAAACAAGCCUGGUGGUUCAAGAUAUCGGGUAAAUUUAGCAUUUUGUUUACAGUGUAACCUACAUUACUAAGUCAUGAUAUACGUUCUGUGAUAUAUCGUGUGCGUGUGUGUGCGUGUGUGCACGCAUGCGUGUAUAUAUUUAACAAUUAUUCACCGAAGUGGAGGUGAAUGGUGCAAGAAUAAUCGCAGAGACGCGAUGUUUUGGCACUACCCACCUCCCGAAUAUAUGCCAAAUCGUAUACAUCUAAAUAUUGUUUAAUACGUUUUUGUUCAUAUAGGUCGUGGACGAGUCUCAAGAGAAAGAGAGAGAUAAUAUUUAA